AUGCGUCUCCACCUUGUUAUCUCCCGCCAUGGCCUGCCGGUCACGCGCAUUCUCUGGACGACGACUUCGUCUACUUCUAUGCUAGGUGAAUAUGGGACUCAGCGCCCGGCAUCAACCGCAGCUGUCGCAUCGUCUCGCACCCCGAACAUCGCCUUCUCGAAUGGUGGAUAUACGGUCGCACAACUCCUCGAGGAUGUGAAUGAAGUUGUGCCACUGGAAACUGAACCUAGUGUCUUUGAUGCGGAGUUCAGUGGCCAGUGGGGAUUGGAAGAUUAUGUUGUCGAAGUUGCUGGUUCGGAAUGCCUCCACUUCAUGGAGGUUGAUGGCUUGCUCCGAGACGGAGACGAAGUUGUUAUCCGCGCCCUUCAAUUGGCAGACCUCCGGACCAGAAGGCUGUGUGGUCGCCACCAAAUUACUGCCGAUGGCAAGCACCUGAUCGACGGCGUACCUUUUGGGUCACCGAAGAAGCGGCGCACGGUUUUUUCUGGCUGGGAGCACGCUCCAGAAUUCGCGGCCGGGGAAGUACAUGCUGACGAGGAAGGUGAUGGAGAGUGGCUUCCGCCUCCAAACACCGGGUUCGGAAAGGAGCUUUCCGUCGUGCCCGCCGAGCACGAAGAGUCCCUUGGCACGGUUAUUCGUCAUCCUGUUGACCACGGCACAGAAUCUGACAGUGAAGCGGAUAUGUCUGAGAUGCCUGAGAUUGAGGAAGAUGAGUUGGAGAGCGAGCUCCAAGCGCUCAAAGAGGACUUUGAAGAACCUUCUCAAUUUGUUGAUAUCAGGAACCAGACUCGGAAUGCCAGUGGGCACCCACUACGUGCUACCUCGAUAGCCAAGCGACCAACUUCGAAGGGCUCAGUUGCAGCUGCCUCAUCUCUUUCCAGCAAGCGGUCUCGCGCAGAUGACACGUCUCCCAGGACCUCCAAGGCUGUGAGAUUCAACAAGGGAGCUGAGCAGGAGGACGAGGGUAUGCCUGAUCUCCCACAAAUUCCGCAGGCCCCACAGGUUGAGGAAAGUGCUGCUGAAACUUCCGUUUCUGAUUCAUCCGAUUCAUCUGUGUCUUCAGAUAGCGAUUCCGAUGAUGAUUCCGAUGACGAUUCUGACGAUGAUUCUUCGAGCGAGGUGGAACCUGCGGCGGAGGCACCCUCAGAUUCAGAUUCAGAUUCAGAUUCAGAUUCAAGCUCCGAAGAAUCCGAUUUAUCAGACUCGGAUUCCGAUGAGGAAGCCGCCCCGCCUGUCCAGAAGGUGCAACAACGGGUUUCUGUGGGCGCUCCUGGUGAAGGGUCCAUACGCACCAAAAAGAGUAACAACCGCAUCAAACUACGCCGCCGUCUAUCUAAGCUCAAGCAGCUAGGCGCUCUCCCUCAACAAGCAGGUUUCGAUGCAUUGCGGGAGUGGGAACAGACCCACGGAGGGUGGCAUACUCCGGAGCAAUAUCUUAAGCCUGAGCCAUUCGCAAAAGAGAGAGAAAAGGAAGAGGAGCAGAAAGAGUUCGAAGCCAAGCGCCAGAAACUGCUUCGCGAUCUUGCAUCGGGUAAUGGUGUCGAUGUGGACGAGAUAUCAGAGAAGGAAAAUGUCCCGCCUGCUCCAUCUGCCGUCGGGGAGACCCCUGUGUCAGAAGAAGUGCCCGGCAAGGAUCGACAGGAGCAGGAACCCUCAAACCGACGUACCCUAGACAUCGCCAGCUCACGACGCAUGCUAUUUGGAUCCCUAGGAAUGCGAACACCAAAGACUAAGGAAGACGAAGAAGAAACGCGGAGAAAGCUCGCUGCCAAAGCUAGUGCAUUCGGGCACCGAAUCAAGCCUUCUAAGCAAGACACCCAAGAAGAGACUGAGCAGAUGCAAGAGGAUGAAGAUGCAUCCGACAUUGAUUGGCAAAACAAGCUUGUCGUCCGUGCUGUCGAGUGUCUCUAUCCCCAAGUUGAUAUGACCGCGCCUCCCUAUCCUUUUGUUCAACGCUGGGAUCAAGCAGCCAAUGCAUCGAUCCGUGAGCUCAAGGGCCCCAACAAGAAGCGGAAGAGAAAGCAGCGUGUUCAGGUCUACGAAGGAUAUGAGGAGCAGGAUGAAUACGAUGAGAAUGGGAAUUAUUACGGCCAUGAUGACCAAGCCAAUCACGAGGGUUAUUACGAAGGUGAAGCUGAUCCCCAUUACGAAGGUCAUUGGGAAGGCGAAGCUGCUCCUUACUAUGAAGGCCAUUAUGCUGGCGAAGCUGAAGGAGAUCAGAUCAAUUAUGACGAUGCCCCUGAACCUGAACAAGCUACCUUUGAUGACCUACCUUCGAUUCCGGCCGACAUAAGUUCUGUUCCUGAUUUGACUGAGAGCGAAGCGAAGGUCGGCGCAAUCAUUGCAUUCCGGCAGCUAGACAUGUCCAAGGCCACGAACUGGCAACCUCAGAUGUCUGAGUACCGAGUAGCCGAGGUACGCUCUGUUAAAGACCAGGGAGUGAUUGAUGUACUACUGGCCAAGCGAGACCGAAAGCCCCCAUCAGCAUCCGACGACGAGCCCCGUCAAUUCAGCAAGUUUGAAAUACCAGACCUAGCCAACGACGAGGGAGAGGAUGACGGCUAUCGCGAACUUACCUUUGCUGAACUCAGCGAUCCGAAGCUUCUCCAACCCGCUGGGCAGUCGGGUGCGGAAUCUCAAGACCAGAACAAUACUCGAGAAGUUCAAGAAUCCGUACCGAACGCCCAAACAGCCCUUGCUGAGGAAAUGCACCUUGAUGACACAACCUUUGUCACCAUCGGAAAUGAAGUUAGCCGUCUUGAGUCCCCAGGAAUGCCCGAUGAACCUAUCCAACAAACCCCUGGCAGAGGCGUGCCCCAGAUCCAAAUCCAGAGUGGGUCUAAUGGGCGCAGUGUUACUCCCCCAAUCCCUUCACCUUCUUUCACUGGGUUUCACUCUGCUCGAUCCUGGCAGCAAAUGACUCCUGGUGUUGAGCUCAGUCGCGAGCUUGAAGGUCAUACCCUCAUCGGAGGAGACACUCCAUCUGCUCUAGUGAAUCGGGACGAGGACCCUUCCGUGUUGUCAUACGCUUCCGCGAAUCAAUCCUUUGCGGAUGAUCCCGAGGAUCAAGAAAUGUCUGAUCAUGAAGAACACGACCGCCAGGUUGUUAACGAAAAUCUUGUGCCGCCUGGCGAUUCCGGAGACAGCGGUCCUCAGUCUGGCUCACUUCUGUCCACCAUUGACCGUGACGGUAAUGAUGGUGCGUCUAAUUCUGGUUCACUGUUUGUGGAAAGAGAUACGAAGAUAGACAAGCCUAGUGCGGCUCCGAACAGCUCUUCUGAAUCGUGGAGAGAUCUUUUAGACCGAUUAAGAAAUGGACCUUCGGAGCCCAGCGACUCUCUUAUUACCAGCGAAGCCAACAACAGCGAAAACAAUAACAGCGAAGACAACAAUGGUGAAGACGCCAACAGUGAAGAUGACAAUAGUGAAGAUGCCAACAGUGAAGAUGACAAUAGCGACGGCAACAACAGCGAAGGAAAUCAGAGUCCCGAGCGGUUGGAAGACAGUCUGCAGCACUCCUACCUGGACCUCAAUUUCUCGGCGCUUGACUCCCCACGGGCAUCCACCUCGCGCUCUCCCAACCCACCAAUGAGUGCUCAGCAGGAUGCCCAAUAUCAAAAGCAAACCUCAUUCCCCUCACCAUUUGAAACGGAAUCUCCUGCUGCAUCUACUCGCUCCAAACUCUCCCAGCGAGUGGGUGCAUCCGAAUCCGCCUCCCAAAUCCCCGCCUCCCAGGCAUCGGACGUGAUUGAUCUCACCUCCAGCCCGCGUGAAUCACCCGAACCCAACACCUCCAAUUCGAACCCAUCCCAGCGCUCCAAAUCUGCAGUGUAUGGGAACUCACAACUUGAGGACACCCCUCGCUCGUCUGGAAAUCCACCCCGAGCUUCUACUGGAAGACUCCAACACAUGGUGGAGGUGAGUAUUAGUCCUUCCAGCCAGAAGAAGAAGAGGCGCUCGUCACGAAAGUUCUGA